AUGAAGUUUGACGACUUACUGAAAGAACUUGGUGAGUUUGGAACCUAUCAGAAGAGGCUUUACGUCCUUCUCUGUAUUCCGAUGGUGUCCCUGGGAAUACAGAUUAUGGUAACCGUCUUCACACUCGGCGUCCCGGAUCACAGGUGUGCAGUUCCUGGUUUAGAUAAUGAUACCUACGCCAUUCAAGGGGAACAACAUGCACUUGCAUUUGACUGGGUGUGCGACCGGAAGUUGUACAAGUCCCACAUACAGAUGAUGUUCAUGCUGGGAUCUCUUGUCUCCUGUGCAGUACUGGUUCCUCUCUCAGACAUGAAUGAUUACGUUUCAGGUGUGGAACUGGUUGGACCAUGUAAGCGUCGAUUGACAGGCAUCAUUGUUGAAUUCUUCUGGUCCUCCGCGAACUUUUUCGUUGUUACCGCUUACUUCAUCCGAGACUGGCAACAUCUUCAGCUGGUUCUGUCAGCGCCAGCAAUUCUCUUCCUAACAUACUACUGGUUGAUACCAGAAUCUCCCCGCUGGCUUAUCAGCAAGAAGAGAUAUGUAAUGGCGGAUGCUGUGAUACGCCAUGCUGCAAAGGUCAACAAAGUAACAUUGACCUCUGACCAGUUCAUUGGAAAUAUUCUGGUCAGCGACAGAUCAGAACCUUUGUGGAGCAUACUAACAAGCCCCUCCCUGGUAACAAGAAGCAUCAUUAUAUUCCUAAAUUGGUUUGUGUGCAGUCUCGGGUAUUUUGGUCUUGGUCUCAAUGUGGCAAGUCUAGGGGGCAGCGUCUACGUCAACAGCCUCAUCGCAGGAACGACUGAAUUCGUCUCCUUCAUCGCCUGCCUUCUCCUCCUCGACCGCACUGGCAGAAAGUCCUUACAUUGUGUGUGCAUGAUCCUUGGCGGUAUCUGCUGUACAGCCACAAUCCUUCCUGUCCUGUAUGGAGCUGGGGAUCUCAACUGGCUGACCAUACUGCUUGCACUUCUGGGACGGGGUUUCGUAUCUGCAAGCUUUGCAAUAGUCAUACUUUACACUUCUGAGCUGUUUCCAACGGUCCUCAGGAACUCAGUAAUGGCGUCCGCAAGUAUAUGUUCCAGAAUUGGAGGAGUCAUAUCCCCUUAUAUCGCCAACCUGGCACUCGUGUUACCUGGCGACUUGGGUCGAGCAGUUCCACUGAUUAUAUUCGGGCUAUCGAUGGUUGGGGCUGGUUCGUUGGCAUUACUUCUACCGGAGACCCUAAACAGAAACCUCCCAGAGUCCAUUGAUGACGCCAAGAAGAUGAGGAGGAUCAAUCCCAAGUUAGAUGAAUCCCAGGAUAAUGGAUACGACGAGGAAGUGAUCCACUGAACGUCGAACUAACUGGAGGAAGGCAUCUUCUUGGACCACAUUUAGGUUGACAUUUGACGAUUGAUUCCUAUUUUACCUAUGUCGUACACCGUCCGCUAGUAAAAUGUCAAAAGUGUCGGCAUGUUGAAACCAAACUGGACGCCAAUUCGCUGUAAGUUCUAAAAGCCACCAGAAGCCGUUUCGAAUCAACAUUACUCACUUAUUCUGUUAAUUAAUAUGCCUCCCAUACUGCCCAUAAUUCGUGUAUACGGCCGCCUUUUCUUUAAAAUAAUUAUACUUCAUUCCUAUUGUACUUUUUUCUAAGCCAUGCAAAUAAAAUUAACUUUUGUUUGCUCUGGGAUUCUAUAUGGAGACUAGCAACUUUGUUCAGCUACAUCUGCAACCCAUGUAUUUGUUCCAGUUGAAAUGCUGCGCUCACUAAAUUUUGUAAAUA